AUGGCCUCAGCACUGGGGGCCGACAUCCCCAUCAGAGCUCCUGAUGAGAGCACAGCACACAGUCUCACAGAGAAAGCUGAAUCAAUCAAAGUCCCAACAUGUAGGGAUAACAAGAUAACGGCUGUGAAGAAUGGGAAACCAGCUCCAGAUCCUCUCAGCGGUACAGAGGUGUUUCAAAUGUUCACCGAGAGGAGAGGCAGACGAGAGCUGGAGCUGUUCUACCUGAAGGAAGUGGAGGGAGACUCUUACAGACCCUAUGACCUGCGGGUGGUGCCCUGCAGUGCAGCGGGAUCUGAACACUUCAUCUUCUCUCCUCACUCUGUUCUUCAUGUGACACAAAGAGGAUAUGGAGGACUGCUCAGUCUGUCAGAGUGGUUCAGAGAGUCAGUUCUGUGGAGAGAUGUGCAGGAAAUCCCCUUCUUCAGAGACUUCACACUGAGGAGAGCUUUCACCAGGUGGCGGAGAAAUGUCCGUAAAGUCAUCUUUCAGCGCAGGUGUAAGGAUCUUCAAGAUGUUCUGCUUAUCGCUGUGCCUCAGUUCAGAAAUGCUCUUCUUCUGUUCAACAGAACCAUUGAGGAGGUGAAAGGGACCCACUGGCUGCCUCAGGAGGAGAAUACAUCUUUCACUUUGCUGGAAUUUAAGGAUGUUCUGAUGACCAUGAGUCAGGAGUGUCUGCAGAUAUUAGAGAAGUUAUCACAGCACCGUGCUGCCAUCCUAAAUAAGGUGAGGGAGCACAGCUACAGGACUCAGCAGGAGCUGCAGCUGCACCUGGAGUUCAGUCUGAAGCCGAGCAGAAGCGUUGAGCCGCUGCACCGCCAGCUGCUCCACCAGCAGCAGCUUCUCUCACAGCUCAGCAGGUCUGAGAGCGUCCUGCAGAGGCUGGGCAGCUUCUCUGCUCUCAUCAACACCAUCACCGUGCAGAGCAUCGUCUCUCUCAUCACUCAGGACCUCACUCAGUUCACCAGCAGGGUCCUGAAGAGAGGUGAACGUGAGGGCUGUUUGUUCCACACUGAGCUGAGUCUCAGGGAUGAUCAGCUGACGGUGGACCCCCCCACACAUCUGCUGCAGGAAGCUGUGAGCGGAGCCAUACUGACUGUAAAAGACUCUGUAAUACAGAUGUGUGUUUCUUGUGGACUCUUCCUGGAGAUCAGCAACACUUCUGAUGUCUCUCAGGAUUCACCCUCUGACUUCACAUGUAUUGAGCAUCAUAUCACAGGGGAGGAUAACAGCGGUGAACAGUGUUGCUCCUGGAGGUUGCACAGAGAAGCGUCCUCUCGCUGGCUGCAGCUGCAGAAGCGAACCUCUCUGCUGCUGCAGGGCCGCCGGCUGCACGGCUGCUUCCCCCCCCUCACCCAGAGCCAGCUGCAGCAGCAGAUCCACAUCCACAUCCUCACAACACAAGCUGAGGAGGAGCAGGCCGGCGUCAUGCAGGAAGCAGACCUAGAGAUCCAGCAGCUGUGUGAGAGCUUCUCCUGGUUGGUGGACAUUAAUGUGUUCAUUAGUGAAAGGAGUAUUUCCUCUCUGGCCUCCCUGAAGGAUCAGCCUGCUUCACAGUACCAGGAUCUGAUAGAGAAGACCCGCUGCCUGACAGAAAGACUCUCCAGCGUCCCCUCCUCUGUCUCCACCUCCAACCAGCUGAUCAACAUCCAGUGCAGCCGCAUCAAGGAGCCACUCCAGCAACAGCUGAGGUUGCUCGAGGAGAAACUGCAGCAGCAGCUGGUGCAGCAGAUCCAGACUCUCUCUGAAAACGUCUCAUCAGACCUGCAGAGAUAUGCUGCUCGACUCAGGACAGAACCAGGAGACCUGCAGGAGCUCUCCACAUACGCUCUCAUGAUGAGGGAGUGUGUGAAGAUGUGUCCUGACAUGCAGAGACAUUUGGAGUACAUUCACUCCCUCCAGGAAACUCUCUGUAAGAACUACAGGAAGAUGACUGAACAGGAGGAGACUGUGAAAGAAAAGAUGCUGGCCUUGUGGGAUGGCUUCAUUCCCCUCCUAAAGGAAGCAGACAGCAUUGUGUCUUGUCGUCUUCCUUCAAUGGCAAACGCCUUGGACGCCAUGUUCUCAGUCUUGGCCUGCGACCUUAAAAACACCGUCUCUAAAGCUACAGCCGGACCCUUCAUCGACCCGAGCCAGGAGGCUAAAGAGAUGGUUUCCAGACUGAGCCUCAUGUGUGUUCAUGUGCAGAAUCUCAACGCAAAGCUGGAGCAACUGAGCAGCAAAAGUCAAAACCUACACGAACAUCCAAAGGAUUUGUCCAUUUUAACAGCCGAUGUUCAGAGGGUCAAAGCCUGUAAAGAGUUGUGGGAGAUCGUCUCUGCGUACACAACAUGGAGAGAAGAGUGGAAACAGCUGCUUCUCACUGAGGUAGUGGUGUCAGAAGCUCAGGGGAAAAUUGCCAAGUGGAAGGAGCGAACUUUGUCUCUAACAAGCAUCAUACCUACCCAUGAUGCAGUGCUGAAGCAGGCUUUAGGAAACCUGGAAAGUUUAGAGUAUCACGUUGAGGUCAUGGCCAAACUGCAAAGCCCAAUGCUGACACACAGACACUGGAAAGACAUUUUUGAAGGCAUGGGUCUGCGGUUUGUCCCAGAGAAGAAGGUGACUGUCGCUGAACUGACGUCUCUACCUCUUGAAGUUCACCAGGAACUAAUCAACAAGAUAUGCAGGGAUGCACAAGCAGAGUAUAACAUGGAGCAGAACUUCAUAAAGCUUCAACAGGAAUGGAAACCCAGACUAUUCCAGCUGGAUAAAUUCACUCUGCCUGUUUGGCAGCAUCAAAAACCACAACAUGUAUUACCAGAAACAAAGAAACCCACAGAGGGCACAGUUUCAAAACUCCAAACUGCCAAUCAACACACCUGUAAUGAUCCAAGACUCAUCGUCAUUGGUCUGGAGAUACACUUUGCUGAGAUAGAGAACGAUUUGAUGACUCUGUCCACCAUGUUGAAGUCCCCACACAAUGUUGAGUUCAGGCUGCAGAAUGAACAUUUGUUCCAAUCAAUGCACGAUCUCGGGAAGCUGCUUUGUUUAUUUGAAAGAUACCAGCAGUUAUGGGCUUUCUUGACCAAGAUGUUCCAUGAAACAUCCAUAAGUGUGCAGAGUGUGGAGCUGCUGGAGCAAUUCCAACCAAUUGAUGAGACCUUUAAGGAUAUUAUUCAGUCUGUCUCAAGUGACACUCAUGUGUGGAACUUUGUUAAUCCAAAGAAAACAAAUGAGAGAUUUCAUGGCAGAAACUUCCACCAGAUUCUCAUUGACGGUGUCUCGACAAUGGAGGCCAUUUCCAGCCAGAUGUCUGACUUCCUGGAGAGCCUCUGUCAACAGUUUCCAAGACUGUGGUUCUUAAGUGAUAGGGAGAGGAUACAGCUACUCUCCUUUGAACCAACGUCUUGCACACUGCAGCCUUUUGUACGCAAAUGCUUUAAAGGGAUACGUUGGCUAGAAGUGGAUUGUGUAGUACCAUCUAAUCAGACAGGUGUAAAGAUCUGUGGGGCUACAUCUGAGAGUCAGAUGAAGGUUCUGGGGUUUUUCGGCAGCCUCCAGGAGCACAUUACCUUUCCAUCUCCUUUGGAACCAAAUCCCAAUGCCUUAGGUUGGCUGUCUAUCUUUGAGAAAGAGUUAACGUUGACCAUGGUGCAACUCAUGAAGAAAUGUGCUAUUGUGAGAAUCCAGCUUGAACCACCCACUGAAGAUGUGGCAUUUGAUAAAGAAGUAAAAGACAUUGUAUUUCAAAUUGCUGAAAGAAGGAAAGUCGCCCUCCCUGUGCUGGAUCUCGUGUCUGAAUACCCUCUUCAGUGUCUGCUGGUGGUGGAGGAGGCAGUUUGGUGCAAGUCUGUCCUACAAGCUUUCCAAGAGUCAAGUCCAGUGAUGUUAAGAAACAUAAAGGCAUACAACUCUGCAAAAUGGAAAACCCUUGGCCGUUUCAUCAGGGAUGGAGUCACAGGGUCUGACUGUGAGUCUUUGGUCUCUAAGUACAGGAUGAUGUGUCUGCGAGCUUUGGUGCAACUUACAAUGAAGCAUUCCCAGCAGCUUUCUCGGCUCAUGGAGGUACAGAGUCUUCCAGAGUCGUCUUUCGAGUGGCUAAGUUUCAUGAAGUAUCAUAUAAACUCAGAAGAUUGUAGUCUGACGGAUGAUCCAACAUGUCAUGUGGAUGUUUUGGGCCAUCGACUCCAAUAUGAUUAUGAGUAUUUUGGUCCAGAAGAUUGUGUGAUGGGACACACUCCAUCCACAGAUCGGGCGAUACUGGGGAUUCUCCUGGCUCUCACAAGCUACAGGUGUGGGUUUGUGAGGGGACCUUGCAUGUCUGGAAAGAAAACAACAGUGGUUCAGUUGGGAAAAGCGUUAGGGCGAAUGGUUGUCAACUUGCAAUGUUGUCCAACUAUGAGCCCCGGUGUUGUUCAGAGGAUGCUGUUGGGUGCUCUUCAGACUGGAGCAUGGCUUCUGCUGGACUCUGUAGACCUACUAACACAAGGAUUACUUUCAAUGCUGGGCCAGCAUCUAUUUGACAUCCAACAAUCCUUCGCAGAGUUCACAAAAAAGAAGAACCAAAGACUGAAAGAGGAGCCAAAGGACUGGAAUGCUGAUGGGGUCACAGAUUGCACAAACCUCCAUUCAGAUUGUCAAAUGGUGAUUGCAGGGAAAAGCAUUUCUGCCAGACCAAGCUAUGGAUGUGUUGUCAUCUCAUCCAAAGGGUAUUCAUCUGAGGUUCCAGAGAUUCUGCGGUGUGCUACCAGACCCAUCGCUUUAACCCUUCCAGAUUACAGGAUCAUCGCAGAAGUAAUGCUGACUUCCAUUGGUUACUCAGACGCUGUGUCUUUAAGUCAACGUCUGGUGGACCUCAUCAGCCUGGCCCAGGAUUCCCUCUGUCUGCCUGAUUCCAUCAAUGACCACCAGAGCUCCUAUCUUGUCCUCUUGCAAAAGAUCAUCUCUGCAUCUGAAAUGCACUUCCAACAAAGUGAAAGGCAAAAAGACAUUUCUGAUGAGGCCGAUCCUACACCUUCAGAAACUGUGACUGUCAGAGUUGAUGAUCAGGACAGAAAAGAAGCUGAAAAACCCUCCAGGUUUCUCAGUUCUCAUUUGUCCAUUAUACAGGGAUUAAUGGAGGAGACAGCCAUUGUCAAAGCCAUUCUUUCUGUCUCAUUACCUGUUCUUUAUGAACAAAAGAAAGCCUUGCAGUUCUCCAUCCUUCUCAAGGAAACAUUCCCUAUUGCAUGCCAGUUUCCUCUCUUCCAAGAGUACAUCGAGGAAGAAGAAAAGACUCAACUUAAAGAUGCACUAACAGAAGAAUUACAAAGGAAAUGUUUUCACGCUGACACUGAAAUAAUAAGCAGUUCUCUGAGACUCUACCAAACCAUGAAUCUCUCUCCCGCAGUUAUUCUCAUAGGCCCUUCAGGUAGUGGAAAGACAACCUGUCGCUGUGCUCUUGCUGAAGCACUCAAUCACCUGGCUGCUAAGACAGAAAAUGACAAUAGGAUGGAAGGAGAUACCCCACAGAUCUCAACCUGGAACUCUGUGGACACCGUGGUUUUAUUUCCUAAUGCCAUGUCCCACAAGGAGCUAUUUGGCAGCUUCUGUGAAAAGAGAGGAUGGCAAGAUGGAGCUGUAGUAAAGGUGCUGAGAGAUUCAGAACCAAAAAUCUGCAAAAAGAAGCAGAAAAGUGAUCAGAUACAUAAAUGGCUGGUGAUGGAUGGGAACCCUGUAGGCUGGUUGGACUACUUAACUACAAUGUGCAGUCCUCAGGACCAGUUUCUGUGCCUGUCAUCAGGGGAAAUACUGCCAUCCCAACCACACCUUAGACUAGUGAUGGAGGUCACUGAUCUACGUGAUGCAAGUCCCUCUGCAGUGACCCGCUGCAGCCUGGUUUAUUUCUCAGGUCCUGAUCUGUGGAAGGCUGUGUGGAGGAGUGAAAUGGAUGCUCUGUCUUCUGAACACAAACUAGAUCAAGGAACCUUGAAAAUGUGGAAUCGUUUGGCUGAAGAUCUGUUCUCCAACACGCUUACCGCUUUAACAUCUGCAAUCCAAAAUGAAGGAGAAUCUCUUGAAGGCGUUGUGCAUGGGAUGAGAGAAAUCAUGUCGUUUGUUCGGAUCCUACGAGCCCUCCUUCAGCAUGUCGGGAAGGAAGGGGACAAAGCUGGGGCAACACCACAAGUGGACAAAAAAGAUACCCCUCUACACAGAGCCGGAACAGACAGCAAAGGCCUGCUGAACAGAAACCUUUUCCUGGUGGCUUACAUUUGGGGAUUUAGUGGACAUCUGCAUCCUCGCCACUGGCCACGGUUCGACUCAGUAGCCCAUCAAGUGCUGUUUACCUGCCGAUACAGAAUUGUGGUUCCUGAUGGAGAGAGUGUGUUUGAAUACUUUUUUAACAUCGAGAUCAAGACAUGCCCCAAGAACACACUGCUGACAAACUCUGUCCCUCCCAUGUAUAGGAAGUAUGCCUCUCUUCUGAACAUCAUGUUGGAGGCGAACCAGCCGGUGUUGCUCUCAGGAGAACCCGGUUCUGGAAAAACGACUCUGUGCAGAACGUUGCUGAGUUUUGAGAAGCCACACAUUACUCUACCAGCCAGUCCUCUACUGAGAUCCAGAGACCUGCACACCGUACUGAAGACCAUCAACUGCACGAAGAACUGCAGAGACAAUCAAGGUCCCAAUGCAAAACAGACAGGACUGCUUCUCUUUGUGGAUGAUUUGCACGAAGCCCCCGGAGAUGUCUUUGGGAAGAUGUCUACGACUCUAGAAACGCUCCGACAGAGUAUCUCGACGGGACAGAUUCUAACAUUUGACGGCUACAACUUCAAGUUAUUGAGUGCUGCUUCCCUCAGCUACAUGGCCACCUGUUGUGUCUCUGGAUCACACAGUACAGUGAUUUCCUCCAGGCUCUCACGCCUGUUCUCCAACUUUGUGCUCCCCAGCCUUUCUAUGGACGUCAUAUUGUCUAUCCAUUCUCCUCGGCUAAAGAUGUGGCUCAAAGAAACACCACUAACGCAGAGUGCUGAGGAUAUGGCAUGUUGCAUUAUCACUGCAACUAAAAAUGUGUACGAUGCCGUGUGUGACCAAUUCAAGCCUACUGUGCAGAGGCCCCAUUUCAUAUUUUCCCAUCAUGACCUUCAGAAGGUGUUUAAGGGUUUGUGUCUUUGGCAGCCUGACAGAGGGACAAUGCAACAAAAGGAGGAAACAAUACUAAUCCUUCCAGAGUCUGAACCAGUCCUUAACAUCGCACAUCUCUGGAUGCAUGAGUGUUUGCGUACAUUCAGCGACAGGUUAUGCUCCGAGGAUGAAAGCAAAACUCUUGAGUCCCUCAUAGCCAUGACAGCAACAACUCACUAUGGAAGUAGAUUGGCUGAUGCAACUUCUCCUGUCAGUUUAGAUGUCACAAGACUUGAUAUUCACACACUCCCCUCGGACACAGAAGGUCAGCCAAUAGCUAAGAGUUUAGGUAACCGUCAUUUGCCUCAAGAGAAAAAACCAGCUGGACAAUCCGACCUGAAGGAAGGCCAGACAUUGACUGAACCUUCCUCUUUGUCUGGAAACAUUUCGUCAGUAGAAGAAAGCCUAAAAACUCACGCUAUGCAACCCCAGAUUCUUCAGCACAUGGAGGGCAAACUGGCUAAUCUUGUGUAUGGUCCUGAUCUUUCUGAGGCUCCAAUGAAUCAGAAACACAUUUUUAAGGGUAGCUUUACUUACCAGGACAGAGACCUUGAGGUAUUACUGCAGCAACUGCGUGUCCUCAUCAGCAGAAACAAGGAAGACAAAGGACAGGAAGCUGAUUAUAAUAUUUUAAAUAGAUGCAUGGUGCACAGACAGAGGGUGGGUCAGCUGUUACACAUCCUCCGGGCAGUGCUUAUACCCGGAGGUCACGGACUGCUGAUGGCCUCCAACAAAGGCACAGGUCGUAAAACCACAGUGCGUUUAGCUGCCUUUAUAACCGGAUACCUGCUGAUGGAGGUGCAUCCCGGUAACGAGGAUGAGUUGCAUGAAAUCCUCAAAGAAGCUGGGAACAAAACAAGAGUGGAUGGAGUUAGGGUCAUCAUACUGGUUCAUGAAGGAGUCAGUCAGCCAAUCAGAGGGGAGCUGCUGGCGGCGAUGGCUCACCAAACACAAGCAGGACUUUACACCGAGGAUCUGAGGAACGUUGUUUCCAGAGCGACUGAUGUGAGGAAGUCAAGACGAUAUCGUAUGGACUACUGGAUGUCUGAGAAGUACUUGAGCCAAAUCCAGAGAAAUGUGCACGUGUUCCUGUUGCUGCCCUUCAGAAUGACAGACAGCAGUGAGGUUCCUGCAAACAAUGGAGACCGUGGAUUGACUACACAGCUGAUGAAGGCUCUGAGCCUGAGUGUGUGUGUGGACGUUUACCAGCCGUGGUCCAGACUGUCUCUAGUGGAAGUUGCUGCUCAAUGCCUCAAAACAAACCCUCCUAAAACAGAGAGAGACACCUCAGAGGCCGGCCUGUCUGUGGUUAUGGCAGGAAUCCAUCAGUCUGCAUGUCAGUAUGCGUCUGUGCUGCUCAGAGAUCAGACGUUCAGCCCUCAGACCUUUCUGGAGUUUAUUGCACACUUUCAUCACCUCUGCAAACAUCUGCACACACAACAUCAGAGCAGAGCCAACAGAUUAGCAGCUGUUCUGUCCCGUCUCGAUGUGAUGAGCAGCGCAGCAGCUCGGUACAAACAGAACCUGGUGAAACUGCAGGAGGACGUUUCAGAGGCACAGCAGCGUGAGUUAGAGCUCCUCUCAGCGCUGGAUCAUCAGAGGAUUCUGCUGGAGGAGGCGCAGGAGAGUUGUGUCGUCGAGGAGAACAAGCUGUACGACCUGGAGGAGCAGAUCAGCCACGCUCACAAGCAGGUGGUCCCGGUGCUGCUGUCGGGUCUGAAGCUGCUCUCCUGUCUGAAUCCGUGCGACCUGGAGGAGGUGCGUCACUACAGAGACCCUCCUGAAGGAGUGGUGAGGAUCAUGGACGCCGUCUGUCUGCUUUUCAACCGUCCGCCGGGCUGGGAGAGUGCCAAGCAGCUGCUGGGACAAGACAACUUCUUCCAGGAGUUGGAGUUCUUUGAGCGCUGCAGUGUGACAGCAGACCGUCUGCAGCAGCUCGCUCUCAUGGUGCACAGCCCUCAGUUUGUCCCAGAGUCGGUGCAGGGGGUGAGCAGAGCCUGCGAGUCUCUGUGUCUCUGGGUGAAGGCCGUGUUCCAGUGCUGCUGCAUGCAACAACAGCUGGAGCUGAAGCAGCAGAUGGAGGCCACGGCCAGACACACUCGAGCCAAACUGAACCGCCUGGAGCUGCAGAAGAACGAGGCGAAGCGGCGUCAGGAGGAGGAGAAGAUACAGCUGGAGGGGGUGAGAGAAAAACUGAAGGAGACAGAGAAGAGGAUGCAAAUAGCGGAGAGAUCAGAGAGAGAAGCUGCUGCUGCUGUGGAGAAGAUGGAGACACUGUUCACAGAGUGGAGGGCUGCUAAACAGGAGGCGGAGUCAGAUCACAAGUCGUUAUCAGGAGACGCUCUCCUGCUCGCCGCCAUCAUCUCUUAUCUGAGCCCGUUUGGACCUGACACUCGUUCAGAGCUGCUGAACAAGUGGAGGGAUCUGAGUCAGACUGGAAGCAUCAAACUGACCCUAGAUGACCCUCGAACCCCCCUGUUCACCCCCCAUGCUUCUUCUUCUUCUCACCCUCCUCUGGGUUUCUUCCCCAUCCCAGUGUCAAAGAGGCUUCCUGUGGGGCGGGUGUUAGGGGGUCUGCAGGAGUCUUUUCCCAAUGAGAGGAUGCUGGUGAUGCUGCUGCUGUCGGGGAACACGAAGAGGGACUGGGUGCAGCGCUGGAACCUGCUCACUGACACCCAGACACACCUGGAUAUCCUGUCGAACAGCUGCAUACACACAGGAGAGAAGGCUUCCCUGGAGAAGGAGACGGAGUGUGAGACGGUGCUUUCUGCUGAUGAUCCUGAUCUGAUGCACAAACUGGACCAGGCUGCAGAGGAAGGUCUGAGAGUCCUGGUAACUCACGUUGAGCGAUUGACUCCCACUCCUCGGUUCCUGGAGAGAUUAUCCCGUCCUGCUGGAUGUUUCCUCCCAGGAUUAGAGCACCUUGUUCAGCCCCCUCACCCUGAGUUCUGCCUCCUCCUCAGCACCGACCUGCCUGCACACCUGCUGCACACAGAGAUCCAUCCCUCCGUCCUCUCCCUGGUCGCUGUGCUCGACCUCUCUCUGAGUUCAGCUGAGAUCCAGCAGCUGAUGCUGACUCAGCUCCUGCAGAACAAGAAGAAGAAACUGCUGAGUCGGCACUCACAGCUGCAGAGUGACAAACAGCUGCUGGAGCACAAACUGAUCUCAGAGCAGGAGUUUCUGCUGGACUCCAUCCUUCAGAGUGACUCCCCCCUGCUGCAGGAGGUGUGUGUGUAUCAGGAGGUGUGUGUGAGUCAGGAUUCGAUGCAGCAGCUUCAGUUUGACCUCCAGCUGCUCAGCGAGGAGCUUCAGCACCACGACGUCCUGCUGAAAGCCCCCAGAAACCUGGUGAAACUGGCUUCUACUUUCUACCAGGCUCUACAGGAGGUGUCCCGCCUCUCCUCUGAUUACUGCUUCCCCCUGCAGGGCUUCAUCUCCGCACUACAGGAGGCUUUUAUUGUGGAGGGGUGUGAGGUGGAGCUCAGUAACCGGCUGGUGGAGAAGCUGCUGCAUCACUACAGACCGAGUCUCUACAGCGCACAUCUUCCUGCUCUGGAGCUCCUCCUCUCCCUCGCUCUGCUCCAACACCACUCUCUCUGCUCUGAUGCGGAGAAGGCGGUGUUCCUCCGGGGCCUCCAGGACGUUCCACUCCCUGUCACCAAAAUAAAAGCGGGCUCCCUCCCUCCCAUUUCCUCCCUCCUGCCGGGUUGGAUCCCGCCUCCCAUCCUCCCCCAGCUGCUCCUCCUGGAGAGAAUCCUCCCCUUCAGAGGACUGAUCUCCUCCCUCUGCUCCUCCCCCGCUCAGUGGGACGAGUACCUGCACAGUGAUCACCCCCCGUCUGUAUCGGGUCCCGUUCCCUGCCGCUCUCACUCCCACCUGUCACUGAUACAGAGGGGGAUCCUCCUGAAGACCCUCCUCCCUCACAGUCUGCAGGGAUUGAACCAGGACAUGGCCGUGUACCACCGCCCCCUGCUGGGAGGGAGGGAGACCCUGUACAUCGGGAACCCCAAAGCCCUCUAUCAGUUCCUGAGAAAACAUGAGGGGCCUGUCAUCCUCACAUCACCCAAUCAGAGAGGAGAGGAGAGGACGAGCAUUCACCCUCUGAAAUUAAUUCACAGUCUGGCCCACUGUGGAGAAGACACUCAGGUAAUGUUAGUCGUUUCCUUUGGAGCUGACAGAGAGGUGAUUCUCUCACAUCUGAACACAGCUGCUACUGACGGACACUGGCUGGUGUUUAAUAACUGUCAGCUGCUGGAGACAUGGGACACUCAAGUCACCGCUCACAUCCACCAGCUGAUCUCCUCUUUAAGGGAGGAGCGACGCCUGAUUCACCCGAGCUUCAGACUGUGGUUUAUAACUCAGGAAAAUACAUCUACCUCCAUACCAGCGUCCGUGCGAGUGUGCGCUCUUCCUCUGGUGGUUUCCUCCUGCCUGGAUCUGAAGGAGCAGCUGAUCCUCUCCUUCCAGCAGCUUCACUCCUUCACACAGCGUCCAUCUUUAUCUGGAGUCUCUUCAGAGGACAUGGAGCUGUUAAUGAACACUGCCGUCUUCCACUCUGUGAUCCUGCAGAGACACAAACACAGAGGAGGGAGACACAGCUGGACUCAGGAGGACUUCCUCUCUCUGGUGGAAGCUCUGCUCUCUGUUGCCACUCUCUGCCAGGAUAAGGCUAAAGCUCUGCAGUGUAUCGCAGUACACCUGGUGCAUGGCGCUCAUGUUCUGGACUCUUCAGAUCGAGAGGAGGUGGACAGCAUCGCUAAGAUCUUCCUCAGCGGAGAGCCUCACUUCCUCUCAGAUAUCAUCAAAAACACCCGACAUUUUGAGCCUUCAGAUCUUCUUCAUGUUUUGGACUCAGAGAGCCUCAGUGACCUCCAGCUUCUCGGCUUCACUCCAGAUGUGGAAACUGAUAUCCUGAAGAACAAAAGCCUCCGUCUGAACACACUGCUGCAGAUCUCCCAGAAUCCUCCAGGAUCCAAGAGGAGUUCCUACACACAGAUAACCCCCUCCUCCUCCUCUUCACUGCUGUUCUUCAGAGACAGACUUCAGGCUGUGCAGACGUUCCUCUCUCACAGGAACAUCUGCACAGCUGUUUCUCCUCUGAAUGACUUCCUGCAGGAUGAGUGGGAUCACAUCACAGAUUCAGUUUCCUCACUCCUCUCUCAGCUUCAUCACUGCACCCCUCCUCUCCUGGAGGUGUCUCACCUGGAGAGGAGGGCGGAGCUUCUGGCUGUUUACCUCCAACACCACGCCUCCUCAGAUCCUCCAGGAGCGUUCAGACUGUCAGCUUUCAGAAACCCCAGAGGCUUCCUGCAGGCCCUGAGGAGAGAAGCUGCUCUAAAACACUGCAGAAACAUCAGUGACAUCACCCUGCAGUAUCAGGUCCUGAGUGACAGCUCACACUCUCUUCCUCUGGACGCUGUGUAUCUGUGUGGCCUGGAGUUGAGAGGUGCAUCAUGGGAUAUGCAGUCCGCGGCUCUUCAGGACUCUCUGCAGCCGCGCUCUCUGCUUCUGCUCUGUGUGAAAGCUAACGUCAGGAUCUCAAACAGAGUAGAGAAGAGUUCAGAUUUACAGGAAGUCCCUCCCCCUGCUGCCUCUCAGCUUCCUGUCUACCUGUGUCCACUCGUCCUCCAUGAUGAGGGCUCAGAAGAUGCUAAUAUCAUAGCUAAGAUUCCCCUUUAUGCUAAGCUAAGUCCUGUGUUGUGUAGCUUGAGGAGGGUGAGGCUGGUGAGUCUGCUCUGAUGCAGAAACACAACUGAUGGACCACUCUGGAUUUAUUAAGUCAUUCUACAGGAAAACCUUUGUAAAUGUAUUCAUCACUUCUGUGCAAGCCUCUUCAUGCAUUACGUUUCGUAAGGAUUCUGUAAUGUUCUUCAUUAAAAUGUUUUACACAUUGUCAUAAUGUCGCUUUAAAUCAUUGUGUUUGAUCUCCCAUUACUGCGACAGAGGCAGAGGACACAUUUACUGAUUCAAGAUUCAACUUGACAAACUCAAAAAAGCCUUGAAUCAUCACUUGGACUUUAACAACAAUGACUUUAACAACAAUGACUCGUUACUUUUCAUGCACUGAAAACACUGAAGCAUUGACUUUGAUUUAAUGUUUUAUGU